GCCACAUGCACAGCUCACACUCAGAGCACACUGUCCCCUCUGUGAGUGGCUCCUGUGGCUGCGGUGACGUCACGGAGGCUCAGUUCGGGCUCGGGAGCUCUUUAAAGCAGCGUGAGAUGCUCCGGGCAGCAAAGUGAGGAGAGGCAGAGAGACAGCGAGGAGGGGACAGAGAGCACUGCCUGCUAACCUACCUCGCCCCCUAGUCACCUCACUGCAAAGUACCCCACCCCCAGCCCUAGAGGGGGCGAUGCGCUGUGCCCCUCUCUCAUAGAGCGAUAUAUCCUCCAUCGGGAUUCAGGAUCUGAUCAUCGGCACCAUGGACACCUCCCGGACCUGCCUGCUCGUGGUGUGCUCAGUGCUGUGCAGCCUGCAGCUGGCGAGCGCGGUUCGGCCAGGGAAGCCGCAGCAGCACCGGAGCUGCCCUGCCCCCUGUCAGUGCGAGCCGGACGGUGUGCUUCUCAGGGUGGACUGCUCGGACCGGGGGCUGACUGCCCUGCCUGGAAACAUCAGUAUAUUCACCGCUUACCUGGAUCUCAGCAUGAACAAUAUCACGAAGUUGCCCUCCGGUGCCCUCCACAAUCUCCACCUGCUGGAAGAGCUACGUCUUGCAGGAAAUGAUCUGACAUACAUCCCCAAGGCGGCUUUUGUUGGGCUCAAUAAUCUGAAAGUGCUGAUGCUGCAGAACAAUAGAUUAAGACAGGUACCAAGUGAGGCCUUUCACAACCUACACAGACUUCAGUCACUGAGACUGGAUGCAAACCACAUCAGCUCUGUUCCACCUAACUGUUUCGGUGGCUUGUAUUCCCUCCGUCACCUUUGGCUGGAUGACAAUUUAUUGACAGAAAUCCCAGCGAGGGCCUUUGAAAGUUUGUCUGCUUUGCAGGCUAUGACUCUGGCACUGAACAAGAUUCACCAUAUUCCAGACAAUGCAUUCAGAAACUUAUCAAGUCUUGUGGUUCUCCAUCUCCAUAACAAUAGGAUCUACUCCCUGGGAAAGAAAUGCUUUGACGGACUCCACAGUCUGGAGACUUUAGACUUGAACUAUAACAAUCUGGAGGAGUUCCCUUCAGCCAUCAGAACUCUGACGAAUCUUAAGGAACUAGGAUUUCAUAGCAAUGACAUCAAGAGUAUUCCAGAACAAGCAUUCAUUGGUAACCCUUCACUUAUUACAAUUCAUUUUUAUGAUAAUCCAAUUCAGCUGGUUGGAAGAUCGUCGUUCCAGCAUUUGCCUGAACUCAAGACACUAAUACUAAAUGGAGCUUCCCAGAUUACAGAAUUUCCCGAUCUAACAGGAACUACAAGUCUUGAAAGCCUGACUCUUACGGGAUCGCAGCUUGUUCAUCUCCCUGAAGUAGUCUGCUACCAACUGCCAAGCCUGCAAGUACUAGAUUUGUCAUACAAUCACAUUAAGGAUUUGCCAAGCUUUACGGGGUGCCAGCGACUCCAGAAAAUAGAUCUACGUCAUAACGAAGUAUAUGAAAUUAGAUCUGCCACCUUUCAACAGUUGCUCGUUCUGCGUUCCUUAGAUCUGUCCUGGAAUAAAAUUACCGUCAUUCAGCCUAAUUCAUUUUCCUCUUUGCCGUCCCUUAUCAGACUGGAUCUUUCUUCCAACCAGUUAACCUCAUUUCCUGUAAUGGGGCUGAAUGGCUUAACUCACCUGAAACUGACCGGAAACCCUGAACUUCAAGGACUGAUCCCAUCAGAGCACUUUCCAAAACUCAGGGUCAUGGAAAUGCCGUACGCGUACCAGUGUUGUGCUUUCGGAGCUUGUGAGAAUCUCUUGAAACACUCGAGUCAGUGGAACAAAGACGACAACAUCAGCACAGACGAUGCUUAUCAAAAAGAUGCGGGGCCUUUGCACCUUCAAGAUGAUUUUGAAGAGUUCCUUCUUGAUUUUGAAGAAGAUUCCAAAGUCCUUCACACAGUACAGUGCACUCCAACACCAGGACCAUUCAAACCAUGUGAUUAUCUAUUUGGAAGUUGGCUCAUUCGAAUUGGAGUUUGGCUCAUAGUUUUACUAGCCUUUGUCUGCAAUGCUUUGGUGAUAUCUACAGUCUUUCGACCUCUGUCGUACAUCCCGUCCAUAAAGCUUCUCAUUGGCAUCAUUGCCAUUAUGAAUACACUGAUGGGUCUUUCCAGUGGUGUGCUGGCAACUAUUGACGCUUUGACCUUUGGCAACUUUGCUCAGUAUGGUGCCUGGUGGGAGAGUGGAAUAGGCUGCCAAAUUACAGGUUUUUUGUCUGUUUUUGCAGCAGAAACCUCCAUCCUUCUACUUACUGUGGCUGCACUUGAGCGUGGAUUUUCUGUCAAAUGUACAACUAAGUUUGAGACCAAAACUUCCUUCAUAAGCGUGAAACUAUCCAUUGCCUUCUGUUUUAUCCUGUCCCUCAUAAUCGCACUUUCUCCGUUGCUGAGCGGGAGCGCCUAUGGGACCUCUCCACUUUGCUUUCCACUGCUGUUCGGGGAUCCCUCUUCUAUGGGUUUCAUGGUAGCCUUGGUUCUCCUAAACUCACUAUGCUUUCUUGUGAUGACUGUAGCUUACACUAAACUCUACUGCACGCUAGAAAAGGGGGAAUUAGAAAAUGUUUGGGACUGUUCUAUGGUAAAGCAUAUAGCGCUCCUGCUUUUUACAAAUUGUAUCCUCUACUGCCCAGUAGCUUUUCUGUCUUUUUCCUCCUUGCUGAAUCUGACCUUCAUUAGCCCGGAAGUGAUUAAAUCCAUACUAUUGUUGAUCAUUCCAUUACCUGCAUGUUUAAAUCCUCUCCUAUACAUACUCUUUAAUCCUCAUUUCAAAGAAGACAUUGGGGAGCUAAAAGGUGGAGACAUGUUUUGGAGAGAGUCUAGACACACAAGCUUAGCAUCCAUCAACUCAGAAGAUGCAGAGAAGCAAUCUUGCGAUUCGACGCAAGCUCUUGUGACCUUCACAAGUUCCAGCAUAUCUUAUGAUUUACCAGCCAGCUCCUCAACGUCAUAUCAAAUGACUGAAAACUGUAAACUGUCUGCGGUGGCGUUCGUUCCUUGCCACUGAAACCUGAGAAAUUGAUAUCUCCUGAACAUUACUGCUAGGUACCAUGACGAACUCUAAACCAAGGAGAGAAAAAAUGGUUUCUUUUAUCUAUGUUUUAAACAAAAUCCACGAAAGUGUUGCUUUGCAUAAUGACUAUCUCAGAUAUACAGCUCAGGUUCUUUAUUUUUUACCUUUU